GUUGAUCAUUAACAGUGGGAGGAAAGAGUCCAAACUUAGCUUCCAUAAGCCAUAGACAGCUGGGCCUCGGGCCUCCUGUGGAGAUGCUAGGCCCCCAAGUCUGGGCCUCUGUGAGGCAGGGCCUGAGCAGGGGCUUGUGCAGGAAUGUGAAGGGGAGGAAGGUAGACAUUUCUGGCAUCUACCCACCUGUGACCACCCCGUUCACUGCCACUGCAGAAGUGGACUAUGGGAAACUGGAGGAGAACCUGCACAAAUUGGGCACCGUCCCCUUCAAAGGCUUCGUGAUCCAGGGCUCCACAGGCGAGUUUCCCUUCCUGACCAGCCACGAGCGUCUGGAGGUGGUCAGCCGUGUGCGCCAGGUCAUCCCCAAGGACAAGCUCCUGAUAGCUGGCUCGGGCUGCGAGUCCACUCAAGCCACGGUAGAGAUGACGGUCAGCAUGGCGCAGGUCGGGGCUGACGCCGUCAUGGUGGUGACCCCUUGCUACUAUCGGGGCCGCAUGAGCAGUGCUGCCCUCAUUCACCACUACACCAAGGUGGCCGACCUGUCUCCCAUUCCAGUGGUGCUGUACAGUGUUCCCGCCAACACAGGCCUGGACCUGCCUGUGGAUGCCGUGGUCACAUUGUCCCAGCACCCGAAUAUUGUGGGCAUGAAGGACAGCGGUGGCGAUGUGACCAGGAUCGGGCUGAUUGUUCACAAGACCAGCAAGCAGGAUUUCCAGGUGCUGGCAGGAUCGGUUGGCUUCCUGUUGGCCAGCUAUGCUGUAGUCUCUAGAGUGAAGGAGAAGGAGGGACCCACUUCCAGUUUCUCCUCGAGAGGCACAGACUCCGGAGGCCGCCUAUCUGAGCUGCAGUCUUGGCCCUGCCACUUUCCAAGAGCUGUGGGGGGCGUAUGUGCCUUGGCCAAUGUGCUGGGGGCUCAGGUGUGCCAGCUGGAGCGACUGUGUCUCACCGGGCAGUGGGAAGCGGCCCAGAAGCUGCAGCACCGCCUCAUUGAACCCAACUCAGCGGUGACCCGGCGCUUCGGGAUCCCAGGACUGAAGAAAACCAUGGACUGGUUUGGCUACUAUGGGGGCCCCUGCCGCGCCCCCUUGCAGGAGCUGACCCCUGCUGAGGAGGAGGCCCUGCGUCUGGAUUUCAGCAGCAAUGGCUGGCUUUGAGGAUAAGCAGUGUAUGCCUGGCCUGAGCCAUCUGGGGCAUCCGCUGAUGCCUCAAGGAGGAACAAGAUUAGUCUCUUUGCACAUAUGUGUGUGUCCUAGGUGCCUGGUCUCUACAGACCUUCAACUGGGAAGGAGCAAUUUCUUUAUUGUAGGUGCUUUCUCUGCCCUACAGCAGAAGAGCCAAGGGAAAGGGGGUGGGCAUCUGGACAUUAAUAAGUUGGUUUCUGAGGGGACUGUACUUCAGGCUUGGAACUAGAAAUCUGAAUCUAUCAUGAUGUUGCUGGAGGCCAGGGCUACUCCUAAGAACUCAGCUGACUCCUUCCAGAGGUAGCAGCAGCUCAGGAAACCUGAUCAGGGAAGUUUCCCUGGUCUUCGAAAGACCCCAAAGCUGCAAUCCACAUAAACCCAUUUUCAUUCAUGUUUCUGUCACUAUGCUUUGAUUCUCACCACUGAAUGAAUGAGACAGCCCAGGGAAUUGUCAGAGGGGUAAAUAGUGACACCUGGUGGAUAGUCUGUCCACAUCCUAGGAGACUAUUUUGACCAGUCAUGGUCUGAAACCUGGGAACUUGGCCUGCAACAGACCAUCCUCUUGUCUAUAGGCUCUGCUUUUAUUAAUAAAAAUGAUCGCUUUGCUACUCCAAUAAAGUUUAACAAGUAAAACUGGAA